GGACUAUGCUCAGGGCUAUUAUUGGAAAGAAGGACAUAGGCAUUAUAAGCAUUCAGGUGCUGGUGAUGUACCUUAAAGAGAUCUUCCAGAAACCUAAUGGAAGUUGUGAAAGAAGGCAGCAUGGAUGGACUGUUGAGAGGUCUAAUGUUAGAUGGACAUAAGCCGAGCAUGGAGCUUCUUGAUGGACCACCGAAGGUCAAUCGUCAGUUGUCACUCACGCAACGGCGUUCCCACCCUGAGGUCAUUCCAAUUGAUAUGAAGGAAGACCAAGGACUUUGGAAUGUGCGUGCCAUGCUUUUUCUCUGUCUGUGGUACUUCUUCAGCUUUUGUACUCUAUUCCUCAAUAAGUACAUCCUCACUGACAUGAAAGGCGAUCCAACCAUUCUCGGGGCUUGUCAGAUGCUGAUGACCACAACAUGUGGGUUCAUCCAGCUGUACAUACCUUGUGGGAUGUACAAGAAAGUCCAUCGGAUAGGAAAGCCUGUCAAAUUCAUGAGGAAUAUGAUUCUCGUUGGAAGCAUGAGGUUGGCUGCUCUUACAUAUAUUUCUUUUUCUGGUCUCUCCAGAGAAAGGCUUAUCAGCUACUGUUAUUUCUGUAGACAAGCUAUAAAAUUUUCCACUGUGGUCCUUGGCUUGGUGGCCUUGAAGUAUGUUGCAGUGAGCUUCACGGAAACCAUCAAGAGUUCAGCUCCUCUCUUCACUGUUUUCAUAUCCCGGGCAGUUGUGGGCGAGCAGUCAGGGCUUUACGUGAUCUCCUCGACAAUACCCAUCAUGGGAGGCUUGAUUCUAUGCUCAGCAGCUGAGCUCAGCUAUGACACAAGGGGCUUCCUUGCUGCAAUGGCUGCCAAUCUUACUGAAUGGCAAAACGUGUAUUCCAAGAUGCUGAUCAGUGGGGAAAUGUUCAAAUACACUCCAGCUGAGCUUCAGUUCUACACGAGCAUCGCAUCCAUUGCUGUCCAACUGCCAAUGGCCCUGCUGUUCAUAGACCUGGAAGGUGUCAUUCGGACGACGGAUCUUCAUCUCUUCCUUGCCUUUUUGCUUAAUGGGGUCUUCUUCCAUUUCCAGUCAAUCACUGCUUAUGUCCUCAUGGACUACAUCAGCCCUGUUACACACAGUGUGGCAAACACAGCAAAGCGAGCCCUGCUGAUCUGGCUGUCAGUGUUGACCUUCCACAAUGAGGUGACCACUUUGAGUGGGUUGGGAACACUCAUUGUGUUCAUAGGCGUCGCUCUCUAUAAUCAGGCGAGGGAAUAUGAGCGGAAGCUGCGGCUGAGGGAGCAGACAAUGGGACACCACCUCUGAAGUCUGGUUACUCUCAUUUAUUUCUCAGAAGGCAUUCAGUUUCUGACCUCCUCUGACUGUACCUUGGAGAGUGAGUUUAGUACUAUUUUAAGCGCUUCACCUGUGAUAUCUGCUCUGAACAACUUUUGCCCCGUUUUUCCAUCCCAGGCAAGUUAAUAACCUCAAUUGGGAUGGAAAAUGCUUUUUUUUUCUAUUGGUGGCAGCUUCCUUGAUGUGCAUUUAAUUUUGAAGCCCU